AUGCCUCAUCCACCGAGAACUUCAACUUCCUCCUCUCAUUCUCAUUCCCCCUUCCAAUGCUCUCAUCCAGGUUGUGACAAGACAUUCACUCGAAAGGAUCAUCUAGUACGACAUGCUGCCAACCAUGCAGUAGAAACUUUUGACUGUCAAACUUGCGGAAGACCUUUCAAACGUCUCGACUUGAUGCAAAGACACGAAAAGAGAAAUAUAUGUAAAUCAGGUUCUUAUCUUAAACGUGAUCAUACUCCUACUUCUUCACAAGGCGGUCCAACAAGUUCUAUAUCAAAUUCUUAUCCUCAAUCAAACAAACGUUCAGCAUCUUCCAUGUAUCCAGCUUAUCAAAAUGGAGUGGUAGGUGGGAGUCAUGGGUAUAUCAUGGGAUAUGAAGGUAUGUGGCAGAAUGAUCCUUGGGACGCGGUAUUUAAUGAUGCCAUUGCUGGAUCGUGGGCACCAGAAUCAGUCGCUAGUACAAGUGCUGUUGGUAUGGGUUGGGGAGUUGGUAUAGGAGCAAGUAGGAUGCAGGAAAGUGCAGAAAGGGGUCAAUCUGUCUUUGUGGAUGGUGCUUGGUUACAAAGACUAAAAGCUGCUUAUCCUGAUAUGGACCUCUCAUCAACAUUCGUCAAUAACUCUCUUUGUGUUUAUUGGUCAGACGUAGCUCCAGUAUACCCUUUUAUUCAUCGAGGAACUUUCGACCUCUUCACCGCACCAUCCGAACUCAUCAUCAUGAUGGUCAUCAUUGGAGCUUCUGCCAGUCAUACGAUUACCCAAAACUUCCGAUCUAUCGUCAAACGUGUUCGGGGUCAAUUGGUACAACAAUGCGGUCUCGACAUGGCCUUGUCUACCCUUCAGACUUUCUCUCUUUGUCAUAUGCACGAUGUUUGGUAUGGGGAUGCGGAAAGCUUGUUCGAGGCUCAAGUAAUGUGGCCUAUUAUGGUGUCUCAUGCUAGGAAGAAGGGAAUUGGUGUGGCUGGACCACCGGAUCAUGAGGCCAGAGGUGAAGAAGCAUGGGCCAUGUGGGCAAAGGAUGAAGAACGACGACGAGCCGCCUUCUGCGUGCUUCUGCUCGACACCCAAGCAUCCAUGUUCUGGAACCAACAUGUAUCCCGACAACUAUCCAUCUUCGCACACAAUCUUCAACUGCCCAGUCCUCGUUCUCAAUGGGAAGCCACCACAGCCUCCGACUGGAUGCGUUCUCGAUCUCCACCCCCUGCCUCGCCGACUUUACCCAGAGCCAAAUCAGGUUACCUACCCGGACUACAUCCAGAAUUCAUGGUCAACAACAUCCCAGACGGAUACGCAGCAGCAGUGAUGAGUGCUUUGGGUCGAGAACGGCCUUUGCCAUUCAUGGUGGAUGCAGAGAAUAGUCUAGGUGUGGAGAUGAUAUUGUGCGGAUUGAUGGCUAUUGCUUGGGAUUGUAGAACGAGAGGAGGUAUGGGUAUCAGGUUACAAGACGGGAUGAAACAUUGGCGUUAUGUGGUUUUCCAUGCUUUGAUCAACCUCCGGAUCGCCUGGGAGGAAAGUACCAAUCAUUUGGAAAGAAGUCCGGAAUUGUACAAGAUUCGAGAUACAUUUGCGGUUUCUGUGGUUUCGGUUCUUGCGGACAUCCCCAUGUUACAAGUGGCCGCUGGGGCUAAAACUGUCUGUGGUGCUCCGAUCGGUGAGAGACAAUUCGAAGACGCUCGACGGAGACUUCGAUUAUGGGCCAAAACGGACGACGCUUGGAAAUGCGUUUGGCAAUGUGCUAGAUACCUGAAAAUGGCCAUUACCGGACCGUGGGGGGUAUAUUCUUCGUGGGGUGUCUUUCUCAGUGCGCUCGUCAUUUGGUCAUACGCCUGGGCAGCCCUUCCCGACACACCUCUCGCCCCACAUCAUCCUUGUUCCGAUCUUGGUGUAUGGAAAUUAUUCGAUGAUAUCUUGGAAGCGAAAGAUCGUCUUGAUGUGAUUGACGGUGGAGUAGGAGAUUUGAUUUCUUGUGUCGCGGAGAGACUUGAAGGUGGUGAAGAGGUAGAAAGAGAGGAAGCGAAUUUGUUAUGGCGUUUGAUUCAAUCUUGAGAUUUGUCCCCCUUUCUUCUCGCCUCUUACUUCUCAAACCUUACCCCUCUACCCAAUCACACAUUUGCUUAACGCAUAAUUCAUUAGCUACCUAUCAUAUGCUUGGAUAUUCCAUCCCCAAACAACUUUUACCUCUAACAUCUAUUUUGAAUCUUCAAAACAUCAUACACGUCAUACUCCAUGUCUUGCCUUGACACCUAUAACACCACAUCUUAUCAUCCCUUGUUCAUUCUUGUUCUGGGUGAUUGAUACGAGUACUAUUCAUUGAAUAUUUGGGCUUUGAGAGCCGAACGAAUCUUUAUGUAAAAUUCAUGUCUGUACUCUAUCAUUCUUAUUUAAUUUUGGGUAUACAGUACAAUGAGGGGAGAAAUGAUCAUGCACCGUGUGUCAGUU